UCAGGGUAGAGAGAGAGAGAGAGAGGAAGAGCAGUUAUAGGAGAGAGAGAGAGUAGUUAUAGUUGGUUGCUGAAAUGGGUUUCGGUUUCAACUCCAUUUUCUCUCUCAUCAUCCUCUUAUCCACCUCUGUUUCUCUCUCUACUGCUUAUCUAUCUCCUCUCUCUUCUAGGCACCAUGGCUUCCAUCACAUUAUUGCUAACCAUAAUUACAGAGAUGCUCUCACAAAGUCCAUUCUCUUCUUUGAAGGGCAGCGCUCAGGCAAGUUGCCACCCAACCAGAGGCUCUCAUGGCGUAGGGACUCUGCUCUCUCUGACGGUGCUUCCAUGCAUGUUGAUUUGGUGGGAGGAUACUAUGACGCUGGGGACAAUGUGAAGUUUGGGUUGCCAAUGGCUUUCACAGCCACAAUGCUGUCAUGGUCCAUUUUGGAGUUCGGGGGUUUGAUGCGUGGAGAGUUGCAGAAUGCGAAAACCGCUCUUCGAUGGGCCACCGAUUAUCUCCUCAAGGCCACUGCUCAUCCAGGCACUAUAUAUGUUCAGGUGGGAGACCCAAACAAGGACCAUGCUUGCUGGGAGAGGCCAGAAGACAUGGACACACCACGAACUGUUUACAAGAUAGACGCCAAUAACCCUGGCACCGAAGUCGCUGCUGAGACCGCCGCUGCCCUUGCUUCUGCCUCCCUUGUCUUCAGAAAGUCCGACCCUUCUUACUCUAAACUUCUCCGCAACAGAGCUAUUGGGGUCUUUGAUUUUGGUGACAAGCACAGAGGCUCUUACAGCAAUGUGCUCAAGCGGUCUGUGUGCCCCUUCUACUGCUCCUUUUCUGGGUAUCAGGAUGAGCUCUUAUGGGGAGCUGCAUGGCUUCACAGAGCAACCAAGAAUGCAAAAUACCUAAACUACAUUCAAGUGAAUGGGCAAACUCUUGGUGCAACUGAGGAAGACAAUACAUUUGGAUGGGACAACAAGCAUGCUGGAGCAAGGAUCCUUCUCUCUAAGGCAUUUCUGGUUCAGAAUGUGAAGUCCCUCCAUGAUUUCAAGGGGCAUGCUGAUGACUUCAUAUGCUCUGUGAUCCCAGGGGUCUCAUCUCAAACACAAUACACCCCUGGUGGGCUUCUGUACAAAAUGAGUGAUAGUAAUAUGCAAUAUGUUACUUCCACCUCCUUCCUCCUUUUAACCUAUGCCAAAUACUUGACCUCUUCUGCUAAGCUUGUCACUUGUGGUCGGUUAACUGUCACCCCCAAGAGGCUCAGAGCCAUUGCUAAGAGACAGGUGGACUACCUCUUGGGAGAUAACCCCUUGAAGAUGUCAUACAUGGUGGGCUAUGGACCACGAUUCCCUCAAAGGAUACACCACCGUGGAUCAUCGCUCCCCUCAGUUAAGGUUCACCCUCAAUUCAUCCCAUGCCAAGCCGUUCAAGCCCUAUCAAGCUCGGGUCCUAACCCAAACCAACUAGUCGGUGCGGUUGUUGGGGGGCCCGACCUUCAUGAUCGUUUCCCCGAUCUACGGUCCGAUUACGAGCAAUCCGAGCCAGCCACCUACAUCAAUGCACCACUUGUUGGAGCUCUAGCCUACCUUGCUCACUCUUCAGGCCAAUUGUAGUAUUAUCAUUAAAAAACUCCCCAACACAUGAGAAGAAAAAGAAAAGUUGUGACAAGUGUGCUCUAGUACUAAGAGUUAGGUAGUUUACAAUAUGAGAUUACAGUAGUCUUUUGCAGCUGGCUUUUGUGACUUUGUUUUACUGGAAGUGAAGUAUAGUAAAAGUAUGUGUGUAUUUAGUUGGUUAGUGGGUGAUCAAAGGACUCACUGAGGAGUAUGUAAAUGAAUAGUAAGAUCCGUUGAGGCUUUGUAUAUGCGUUAAAAGUUUGUACGUUACAAGUGUAUGCAUACAUGUUACUCUUAUGAGAAGAUUAGAAAAAUUAGACUCUGC